AUGUCUGAAGCGGGUUCCGAUGCCGAAGUGAGCUCAGGUUCGGACAUCGGUUACGAGGACUACUACAACUGCCCAGAGGACGGGGAAAUUGACCAGCAGGACCAGAAGAAGCAGGAUCCUGAGUACUUUGAGUUUGAGUGCCUAUUCAUCGAGGAUGUGGAGCGACUACUCAACGAAUCUGUCGAGUCCAUAUGUGCUAGCCUCAGCGUGAUGCCCUCUCUGGCAAAAGUCUUGCUCCACACGCACAAUUGGAAUGCACAAGAGAUCAUCCAAAAGUACAAGCAGAAUGCAGCGCAAGCUUUGGCUGAUGCAAGGAUCAAGCCACUUCGAUCCGCCGCUGUGGAUAUGCAGGCAAUAAGGAAGAACCCUUCAGUCCAGUGUCCCAUCUGCUUGCAGAGUUUUUCUGGCGAAAGGUUUAGGGGUCUGGCCUGUGGCCACUACUUUUGUGCAGACUGCUGGGCCAUGCACUUCGAGAUACAGAUUCUGCAGGGCAUCUCUACAGCCAUCGAGUGCAUGGCACAGUUCUGCAACAUUCUGGUGCCGGAAGAUUUUGUCCUGAGCCUGCUGAGCAAAUCGGUGUUGCGCGAGAAGUACCAGCAGUUCAUGUUCUCCGACUAUGUGCGGAGUCAUCCUGAGCUGCGCUUCUGCCCUGGUCCCAACUGCAACGUCAUUGUCCGAGCCAAAGAAAACAAGAGCAAGAGGGUGGUCUGCAAAAACUGCAAGACGACAUUUUGCUUUCGGUGCGGGGGCAACUACCAUGCACCGGCAGACUGUGAUACGAUCAAGAAGUGGAUCACAAAGUGUGCCGACGAUUCUGAGACUGCCAACUACAUCUCUGCUCACACGAAGGAUUGUCCAAGGUGCCACAUAUGUAUAGAAAAAAAUGGGGGUUGCAACCACAUGCAAUGUUACAGUUGUAAAUACGAUUUUUGUUGGAUGUGCCUCGGAGACUGGAGGACGCAUGGUAGCGAAUAUUACGAAUGCAGCCGGUAUAAAGAGAACCCCAACAUAGCCAACGAAUCUGCCCAUGCACAAGCAAGGGAAGCGCUGAAGAAGUACCUCUUCUACUUUGAAAGGUGGGAGAAUCAUGCCAAGAGCCUCCGGCUGGAGGAGAUGACGCUGAGCGCCAUCAAGAACCGCAUCAAUGCCAAGGUGAUGGCCAACGAGGGGACCUGGAUCGACUGGCAGUACCUGCUUGACGCGGUCACUCUCUUGGCCAAGUGCCGUUACACCUUACAGUAUACAUACCCUUAUGCCUACUACAUGGAACCUGGGCCUAGGAAAGAACUGUUUGAAUACCAGCAAGCAACGCUAGAAGCUGAAAUAGAGAAUCUCUCCUGGAAGGUGGAACGUGCAGAGACGACAGACAGAGGGGAACUCGAAAACCAGAUGGAUGUCGCCGAGAAGAGGCGUUCAAUUCUCCUCAAGGACUUCCUUGUCUAGCAGGGCAGAAGGCUCUAGUCACCUGUGCGCUGACACACACUGCCGUGUCGGCACACCAGGGAAAGUAGAAGUACCGACGCCGUCAUCCCGGGAAUUCAACGAAGAUGCUCGACGCGGGACCUCCACUACUAAUCAGUGGGCGCCCUAGUUCACCGUCAUCACGUCUUUCACGUUUUGCCGUCGUGGGCAUGCACUCGGGGCGUAAAAUCAUAAUUCGGAAUCGCUCAUCCUCCUGUACGGUAAAUUGUAUUUGGCAGUUAAAAAUUUGGGAGGCUUUACACACGCACAGACACAUACUUGUCCAUUGAGUAGAGUAAGAAAGCUCAGUUCACAAGUGACAGUUGCAAAGCGUUCCAGCUUGAUAAAGCUAAAGCAAAAAAUGAUUCUAGCAAGAUUUGAGGGAGCCAUGGAGCGAGAAACCUUUAGGAGUUCAAACUCUGUUAUAUGUGGUAACCAGAUAAUGUCGCACUCCUGCGGAGCAGUAUUAAACUGGCACCACCUAGCAAUUGACAAGGCAAUUGCAACUAGGUUGAUUGCUAAAGAAACCGGUCAUGUGUUCAACUGGGAACACUGACUGAGGCUGUAGAGUGUGUUCGGCCACAUGCAUCUGUUUCUCAGAAGCCACGGGCCUGACAGUUUUAAUUUCUGCUGACCCCUACUGCCCUCCAAAAUACACCGACAAGAACGUGGGUUCGAAUUCAGCACACUGAAAGCCGACAAAUACCGUAGCAUACCUAACUAAAUAUUACCAUACGUAACCAAACAUUAUUAAAAUACCACUGCAUGUGCCUCUUUCGACGCAUGAUAGUGUCACGACGUUAUCUGGUCGCCAACGCGUGCCCAUAUUGAUGGCAGUCUCCUAAAUAUUCCUGCUCUGUGGCGUGAGCACUUAUCUUCGGUUUCUGGGCAUUGCUUGCUGCUCAAAAACAUUGUUUCCCGGCAACUUGAUUUACUUGAAGGCUGUGUUGUUCAUCGAUUACAUUUAUCAAUGGUUCCAUUUCAUCACUUUACAGGUUGACAGAUACGGCCAGAUUGCUAUGAAGUAAUGAUACUGGGCAUAUAGCACGUAGACAGGAUAACCGCUGGUCAUUAAGGGUAACUAACUGGAUUCCUAGAGAAGGCAAGCGAGUUAGGGGGAGACAGAAAAUUAUGUGGGCAGAUGAGAUUAAGAAGUUUGCGGGUAUAAAUUGGCAGCAGCAAGCACAGGACCGAGUUGACUGGCAGAACGUGGGAGAGGCCUUUGUCCUGCAGUGGACGUAGUUAGGCUCAUGAUGAUGAUGAUGAUGAAUGAUACUGUUUUAAUGGUAUUCCCAUUCACUCUUUGCCAGUGGUCCAAUUGAUGCUUCACCCAUGUUAGCAGGAAUGACUGGGUGCAAACGGUGGACGAUAAGAAUAAGACUUGAGCAUGAGUAAUUCUUUUAUUGGACUGUCAUAUUUCGGUAUAUUGAAAUCAUCUAUGCAGCAGAAAGCUUGUUAUGUAGUAGUCGCACCUGAAUAUACCAAAGUGAGUAAAAAUCGCAAUGUUUCUCUGUUUUCAAAAUUUCUUAGUAUACACACCCGACAUUUAUACCGAGUGCACCUGUCAGCAUGUCCUUUCUUUUACAGAAAAUGUGCUGGAAAAAUGUUUGGGCAUACUACGAGUUGGCUGGCCCAGUUAGCUUUUAUGCGAUGAAGUGAUAGGAGAGUAGUGCAUUUGAUUCCUUUUGCUCAAGUGUUUUUUACUGACUGCCAGCUAUGUUUCUAUGUAAAAGGUAACCUGCAAGAAAUCCUCUCAACUAAUCUCUACAAAUUUUUUAUUCACCAUAGAGGGAAAUGUGGGUACGCGGUUAAUAAGAAUUCGUUGUUUUUAGUGCACCCAAAAUAGGGAAGGCAAGAGAGUUAAGUCAUUAAUUUCAUACAGCUGUGCUUUCUCAUAUCAACAUUUCACUGUACCAACUCUGGUUUUCUGAAUCAUGGGUAGAAAUAAAGCAGAUUGCAGGUGAUCCCAGAUCGAAAUAGGGUGUAGUGAGGUAGUAUUUUUUUGUGUGGUCUUCAUUAGAGGACACCGCUAUGAUUGAAAAAGAAACAUGAAGUUUGUAGACCUGCAAUAUUUUUGUGGUGCGAAGUUCGUGAUUCACGAGUUUUUUACGUAUCUGAGACAGCAGUGAUCUCGGCCCUACUGAUCACGUGACUGGCCGCCGGCUUAUGUGCUCUGCCACGACUAGAAGCAGGCCUCGUAGGUUUAAUGCUCUCCACGCAACUUCAUCCUGAAAAUUUGUGCCCCCACUUUUUUUUUUUUUUUUUUUUUUUUGAGGCAAAAGUAAAAUUCCUACUGAUUUAGUUGUACGCUGGCACGGUGGCAGUUAUCUCCGUCAAAGUAAGCAGUUGAGAGAACAGUCCUCGGAGUGCGCGCUGUCUGCGAUAAAAAAUCGUUGCUGGAAUGCUCGGUAGAGCUUGCUGUAACGCAAGAGUGACCUCCACUAACACAGUCCACUGAAGAUACGAACUCUAGCUCUCUACAGUCCGUUCAUCGCAACAGAGAGUGAAAAUCAUUGGCUGGGAGCUACACUUACUUAACCAAUCAGGAAAUUGGGCUUCCUCCUAUGGCGUCUUGUCCAACUAAGUGUUAAACUAUACUCACGGGCAACUUUUAUUGGCUACAGUAGAAGGAAAGGUACGGGAGGCAGAGCUGCCACACACAUACUUUUGCAAGAAACAGUCGGGUUUGGCAUGCAUCCUGUACAACAUUAGAAAGUGAUGGCGCUUUACAGCAUUAGCAUUGCAUAGCAUUUGAUUUGUCCGCUUAGAUGACCAAUUUCAGGUAAAAUUCAUCGCAAGUAUUUUUAGCCAGACGCUCAUCUGAAGACGCUGUCUAGCGCUUGAGCAGCACUUGAACGGCCCAACUUUCUCAGUUUCAAAAAAAUGUUAUCUCACUAGUGUGCAUGGUGCGUCUUAUCUCAAUAUGCAAACAGAAAUGUAGUGCAGUCAGGGAAUCCAACAUCACAAAGUCAACAUAAGGUACCCAUUGGUUUACUUCGUGAUAAAUAUGCAAAGCUGUCUCUGGCUGUAGUUGUUUUCUUUUUUUUUUUUUGCUUGUGCAAAAGCAUGAAAGUAACAAAGGUGUGAGUUGUCCCAACUUCAGAUUAUUUGUGGCCUCUGAGGUUGCUUUAUUGGGUGCUCUUCUCUACUUUGGGGGUCAACAUUUAAUGGGGCUGCCUGCCAAAAAUUGGAAGCGUUGGCAUUGCACAUGUUCACUCAGAACCACAGACCUCUCUCCUUGUCAACCGUGUUUUUUACCGUUCCAGUUUUAUGUGUAGCAACUAGGUAUUUGUAGAAUGCCUUGGCAGGCAUCUCACUCUACCAGGCAGUACCUGCCAGUGGUGCAAGUUUCUUUAAUGCUCUUGAUAAACCUAUGUUAACUAUCAAGGGGCUUGUACGGUUUACAAAGAGUGUUUUGAGGGAUGCUACUUCAGUAACUCCUCGCACAAAGGUCUCGUUUUUCCAUGAUCUGAGAUGUGAGAACUUUCCUGCUGCUGACGUUACCAUGACAACAAACCAGCUGUACUGUUUUUCAAGUUUAACGUAUUGCUUUGCCGCCCCUCCUUUGUGCUUCUCUGGAUGUAACAAUACCAUGUGUACAUUUGUCAAGAAAACCAAAUUUGUUGCUGGGUCGUUUCAUUGUUUUGUGAGACAUUUUCUAAAUGUGCAUCUGUACACGCAACACUACAAAGAUGUCAUGACACUUGACUAUGAAGUAAGUAGGACAUGUUUUUGUGAGCUGUUUGCCUUCUUAGGUGUUGAAGUAAAUGAAUUGCCAUCUGGAUACCUUAUGGGCAGCAAUAAUGAGGCAGAUAAUUGGCCCAUAAGCAAAACAUCAAUUUGCAUUCAGUGUGCAUGGGUUAGCUUUGUCAACUUUUUUUUUUUUGCCAAUCAUUUAUGCAUCUCAGCGUCUGCUUCUUUAAACAAGUACUUCUCUCAUGUUCUUAUGUCAUUGACUGCUCACGCCAACAUGAGUUGGGGGCUUUAUCCGCUCCUAAAGUUUUCUUGCUCUACAACAGGAGGUAACUGACUGCCGCUAGCAAUUAAAGAUAACGAUUUAAGCAAUAGUGUUAGGUAAAUGGACGUUUGUUUAGGUGAAGGCAAGGUCUUUGUUGGGGGUGCUUUUUUGCGGGUAUGGCAAUGACAAUGAAAAAUGUGACAUGGCCCUUCUGCUCGCCACCACCUCCAUUGAUAACCUCACUCGGGCGCGUAGCUAAGGCAAGUUUGGCAUGUCGUUCAGAAGGCGUCCUUCUCUGCAUUAAUUAAAAUGCUGUUGAAAUAAUUCAGUGCGGUGUGGUUAGAUCUUGAUUUAAUGAACUAUGGCAUAUAGUGAAAUAGCUCUAUAAAAACAAAAUAUGCAUUUAGCGUGUAUGCUUACAACGAACGUUAGCGUGAACGAAUGUGUUUUCAUGUUAGCUGCGACGUUUUCAUAAUGAGAUGCGUCUCCUGCAUAUUGCGGCUGCAAGUUUGCAACCUUGAGCGCACAAUCCUUUGCAAGGCGAAGAAUAGGAAUCCUUUGCAAUUGUCAAUUGCAAAGGAUUUAAUUGUGAAUUGCAUUCCUCUGCAAGGCAAAGGCAUCUCAAACUGUGCUGUGCUCAAACUGUGCUGGUUUGUUUCACAACAGUCACAUGCGUGCAUUAAAUUGGUUCUCCGACUGAUCUCAGAGUCCCAAACAUAAACGACCGAAUAGUCACCUUUAAAAAUUCGAGACGACCAAACAGUCACCUUAAACAAAAAAAAAAAAAAACGUUUUUGUAUUGACUAGGAAAACAAGUUUUAGAACCCGUGCGUGGAAUAGAGCAGGGGCAUAAAAAAAAAGUGUGAAAUGUGAAUCUGUUGCAUGACAUGUUUAUACAACUUUCGCGAGCUUUUUUAGUGAUGACGUUUACGAGAGAACUAUGUAAAGGUGUCGACGGAAAGUUGUGCCAACGUGAACGAGUAUGUGCGAGCUGUUUGUAGGGCUUUUUUGUACAUGUGUGUGUGCUGUUCUAUGGCCAAGCUUGUAUUGCUGCGUCGAGCGCCGUUUCUUAGAGAUGGGUAUUUGUUUGAAAUACUGUUGAAGAAAGGUGUGCUACCCCUGUUAUGAAUAUGAGCUGGCAUUUUGAGAAACCCUCUUUUUUGUUUUGUCUAAGUGAUCUCGUUGCACCUUUUUUUUAUGUACAGUUCUAUAUAUUAUACAUAGGUGGUACUAUACAUAAUUACAAAUUAAAAGAAAGUUGCUUCUUGUACAA